AUGGAAGCUGUCAAAGACCAGAUCGGCUUAGCGAGCGGUGCCUCCUCACCAACCACUUCCUCCAGCCUCUCCAACACGCUUACCAGCAUGCGUUCCAUGGGAAAAUGGCCAUCAUUGUCUGAUGGUAGCUUAGGUGAUGUCCUUAUCAUCGGCGGGUGUGGAUUUUUAGGCCACCACAUCGUCCGUUUCUGUGACAAUGACCCAGCUUGCACUUCUGUCACAGUUAUGUGCCGAUCUCCCUUCAAAAAUCUCCAAGAUGGCGUCAACUAUCUCAUAGGGGAUAUCACCAACAUCCAGCACGUCCGGCAUGUCAUGCGCAAGGUCAAGCCAAAGACCAUUAUUAACACCGCAUCACCACACGCUUACAAAGACCAUGAGAGUGUUCCAGACAUUUUCCGCGUCAAUAUAAACGGCAAUCAAAACCUACUCCUCGCUGCUAGAGAGAUUGGUACCGUUAAGCUGUAUAUCUACACCUCUUCAGCCCCGAUCGUUGCCAGCCCAGGUGGUGGAUAUGACCAUGCUGAUGAGAACGCUCCUACGUUAGCAGUGCCUCGGCUCAUCAGAGGCGAUCCAUACCACAUUGCCAAAGCUCUGGCUGACAAGAUAGUCCUCCAAGCUAAUGGGAAGGGUGGGAUAUUGACUUGCACUAUUCGUCCAACCGCCUUGUAUGGCGAGGGAGAUGGCCAGAUGGUCGGACCGGUCAUUCAAGCUCUUGAGGAUGGAUACACGGGUAUGUGGACGGGAUACAACGACGCGGAGAUGGAUGUGGUUUACGUCGGACACGUAGCUAUCGCUCACUUGCUUGCUGCCAAGGGCAUGCUUGCUGAGAUGUCAGACCCCAAGGCUAUCAAGAUCUCAGGCCAGGCAUACAACAUUACCGACGACGAACCUCACCACCCACUUGAUUUCUUCCGAAUGUUCUGGGCAACUGCAGGACAUGAGCGACCUUUUGAGGGAAUUAUUUACAUCCCUCCACACAUCGUUAUGGCGAUGGCGCACUUUGCCGAGUGGUUCGUCUGGGCCACCUCAAAAGGCAAGCUUCGACCGAAGGCUUUGCUUGUAGAGCGUAUGGAGUUUGUACUUUACACCAGAACAUAUUCCAUUGAGAAGGCCAAGAGUAUGCUCGGCUUUACUCCUUGGAAAGACCAGCCUUAUGUGAACCAGAUAGAGGCAAUUAAAGGUUCCGUAGCUCAUUACCUUCUUCCAGAAAAUCAUGGAGCAGUCAAGACUGGAGCAAUUCCAGCAUGGCCCGAAACUCCAUUCAAGCUAAUUACUAGCACUGGCGUUCUCACCGACCCUUCGGUUCCUAAAGGUCACCACUGCGUAGAGGCUGCGCGCUUCAUGGCUCAGACGCAUAACACGAUCUUCCGCGCUCUCAACGCUAUCUACGCACACUCGUAUAAUGUUAGGCCUGCAACCUCGGCUGCUUCGUCUCUGCUAUCAUAUUGCUCCACGACGUAUGACUUCAUGCACCACCACCAGCUCGUAGAGGAACAUGUGUACUUCCCGGCGAUCGAGGCCGCGUCAACCAAGAGCCUGAUGCAAGAGAACGUCUCCCAGCACCUUUUGAUGGAAAAGGGUCUCGAGGCAUUUCGCCGCUACGCAGAGGUCACCCACAAGGAGAGUUUUUCAGGGGAGGGGCUGCGACGUGUCAUCGAUGGAUUUAAAGAGGCCUACGAGAAGCACCAGCACGAGGAAAUUGGAACGAUCCUGUCCUUGGGCAAGGUCAUUGACAGCGACACCUUGAAGACCAUCGACAUGGAGAUGAGAAGCGAGGCCGAACGACAAAGUGAUGUAUUCAAGCAAGUUCUUCUCUCUCUCUCCUUUCUUUUACCACUUCCAAUCACAUCCUCAUUAAGGAUUGCCCCCUUUGUCCUCAGCGCGCAAGACUCCCACUUCCUCAUCGACGGCAAGAUCCAUGCCUAUCCGCCUUUGAACCCCAUCAGUCGCAUCUUUGUCCCGGUCUUCGUCUCCCUCUUCAUGUACCCGCGCCAUGCCGACGCCUGGGAAUACGCCCCCUCAACCCUCCGAGGUGGCCGCAAGCCCCUCCCAGCACCUGCCAGGAACAGCAACAACAACAAUAAUAACGACGACCACGACGACUGCGACGGCGACGGAGGAUGCUGCUGCUUCUUUGCCGACGGCGCCAAGGUCUACAUGCAAGGCGUCAAGUUCGGCGUCCCGGCUUUUUACGCCUGGGUUGAUACCCUGCAGGGAAGCAGAGCGGUGCAGCGACUGGUGCUGGCUAUCGCCGCUCUCUGCUUGGCUUACGCCGUGCUGAGAUGA